UGUUCGCCUCGACAUCUGGCACUAUAUGCGACGCCUGGCUGUGGGAUGCACCACUGAUGCACACCAGCUCUAUCCCACUUUCAUGGCUCGCAUAUCAGCAUGUAUUUUUGAGUGGGAUGCUGCUGAUGUCAACAAGUUGAGAGAGGCAAAAAGAGCACAGCUAAAAGAGCAAGGCCUGAUGGCUCUGACGGAGAAGCAGCUAGAUCGGCACAUAAAAAAAGAAGAGUUAGAGCUGCACUGCAGGAGGAGGACUCGUGGAGAAGACCAAACCAUCCGGCUGUUGGAUCAGCUCAUCAGUGAGCUCAUCAGUGACAAGGGUAAGGAUGCCCUUGGUGUUCCUCUUCUGGACCCCAUCAGAAUGCAGCACAUCUGGCGUGUUCAGAAGAGACAUGUUAAGUGCAUUCAGGACCCACCUGGUGUGGCGCUGUACACACAGACUGGCACCAUCACCAAGGGAGGAGUGCAACUGCAGACACUGCGCUGUGCCAGAGGUUCUACAUCUUUGGAGUCAUUCCACUGUCACUUAAACCGGUUCAUUCCAGGAAACAGUGCAAACUCGCUCAACUUCCAGAUCUACCUACUAGAUGGGCUACAUCGCUGGAACCACAACAGGGCAGCAGCUGCUCUGGAGGCAGAGACCUCGGGCCUGCGCACAUACUCGGGCGAGCUGGUUCACAGCGUGAAUAAAGAUUAUGAGAAGGUUUUUGGCAGGAAGCUGAUUCCUUCUUUUACACCACCCGCAAAGUACACAGGUGAACUGAUUGGAGUGCAGUACCUGUUGAGGCAGAACAAUGAACCUCUACAGUGUAUGGCGCCAGACUCCGAGGAGGCAAAUACAUUGCUGGAGCAGUUGGAAGAGCCAGUAGAGACUGAUGAGGGCUUUGAAGAACUUGAACAUAUUGAGGCCGUGGAUGAACAGAGUUUGGCAGGAAUGGAUCGUGUUGAUGAGCUUGCGGAAUACUUGGUGGAGCUAAGAAAUGAAAAAGGCCUCACUCUUACCAAUCAGCAGGCCAGCACCAUUGUGGGUCUUUGGCAGAACUUGGAGCAACACGAUAAGGACCGGAUUUCUUACGCUGCUCGACAUCAGGAGAGACUGCUCACUGCAAACUGGUCAUGGAUCUUCAUCAAUUUCCACAGAGAAAUUACCUUUAAGAGACUCGCAGGAAAAGACGAUCUUUACGGCCGUAAAAGAUAG